AUGGAGAUUUUUACAUUUGAUAAUUGCGAUCAUUCUAAAGAAUUCUAACUCCUUGUUUAAUAUUAUUCAGUCUUUGAUGAAGAUGUAGAAUCAUCAAUCAGAACAAAAUCCAUUGUUGAUUUAUUGGAUGCAGGUUUAGAAAUUUAGGAAAAAUUUCGAAAUAAAGCAAAAUAAGAGAAAUAAACAUAGAAAAAUUUCAAGACACCUUUGGAUUUUCUUAGGGAUUCCUUAAAAAACAAAAUUGAUAACACUCUGUCUUUUUAGUAAAUAUUGAUAUUUUCUAAUCCACAAGUAGUGAAGAAUUUCGGAAAACCAAAAGUAGUUCAUCACAAUGGAGAAUUUUUGUUAGUGGGUGGAUCUUUGGGAAAUAUUCUAUAUUAUUCUUAAUAAUAGAUGGAUAUCAUAAUUUAGUAAUAGAAGAUAGGAGCUGUCACAGCUUUAGACUCAUUAAAUGAAUUAGUGGCUGUUGGGUAUGAGAGUGGAUGGAUUAGCAUAAUAAAUAUGAAAAAAAAGAAGCAUUUAUGUACAUGUUAGAACAUUACUAAAUCGAAAAUAAUAGUGUUGAAAUUCAUUUUUUAAUCUAAGAAAUUUUACAAUGUGGUUACUUCAGAUGAUGUGGGAGUCAUUAGAAUAGUAAAUUUUCGAAAAGGAAUGUUAGGAUUCGAUUAUGAAAUAUAAUUGACAAUACCACGUUAAUAGUUUCCAAUGCUAAACAUUGUAGUGUUGUAUAAAAAUGAAACUAAGGAAUUUAUGGGAGACCUAUAUGAAAAGUCUAGUAGAAUAAUUGGAUUGUGUUCGUUAAGCAAAUUUUACCUUAUCACAGUCUAUAAGGAUGAUGAAAAAAAAUUGAAAUCAAUCAUAGAGAUAGAGAACCCGCAUGUUUCAGCUCCAGAAAAACCUUUCUAUUGCUAUCUGUCUUGUGGUUACGGAGUCUUACCUCCUCCAAAUUAGGAAUAAGAAGAGUAAUGGAAGGAAAAGCGACUAAUAAUUUUACUGUGUUGGAAUUGCCAUAUGUUCAUAUUAAUUAGAAGCCAAGAUUAGGCGAGAUAUAUGACACUUAAACCAUUGAUUUUUAAAUAGCAAAUACAUGCAGCUUAUUUUGUUGAAUAAUCAAUUAUAGAAGUUAUUACUGCAAAUCAAAAUAUAUACUUGUUUAAUACACUUCAUUUGGAAUUGCAUGUGGUUCCAAAAGGAAUAGAAUAAAUCCCAUAUUUCAUUUAAAAAAAGAAUUGGCCUGAUUCACCCUUCACUUCCCUUUAUUAAGUUGAAGUCUUGUGCAAAGAUGAAGGAAUUGCAUACAAAUAAUACCCUUUACAAUAUUAGAUAUAUACGUUAAACAAGCAGACAAGGCAAAUCCAUAUAUUGGUGGAAGGAUCAAUUGUAACAGGCAGUAUAAAUAAUUUAGAAUAAUCUAUUGAUAUUUUUAUAUAGAAUAAAGAUUGGGCUAAGGGAAUGUUAUUGAUUUUGGCUUUGAUGGAUGGAAGUAUGAAAUCCACUCCAAUCAAAUUUAACAUGUAGGUUUUAAAAAAGAAGGUAUUGGAAAUAGCUACUCAUUACAUAAAAGUAGUUUUAGAGGAGAUCAAAACUACACUAGAUAAACAUAAGACCUUGAUUUAUACUCCAACUUCUUUAUUUGGUCAUUAACAAGACGUGGAAAAGGUUAAGACUCUGCUCUCAAUGCUUGUAGACUUCCUUUUGAGAGUUUCAAGUGAUAUCCUAUUUAAUCAAAUAUAUAGCAUCAUAAGGAAGUUCUUAAAUGGAGACAUUAGUAUAAUCUGUAAUGAACUAAGUUUAUAUCUCAAGAAUGGAAAGGUCAAAGUCAUAGAUGCAAAUGAAUAAACUAUAAAUGAAAUCUUGACAUAUUACGUUCAAAAAGGAGAAUAAUAAUGCAUAGAGGCUUUCAUUUAAAAAAUCGAUUACUCAAAAAUUAAUACUGAAUAAUUGAUACAAUUCUGCCUUUUAAAUAAACUAACUACAAGUUUGAGUUAUGUUUGCACAAGGUCUGGGGACUUCCUAACUCCUUUGGCAAAAUUGUGGGGAAUCAUUCAAUAAGAUAUAAAAAAGAAGGAUCCAUCAGUAGUGAUAGAAUAAGGAAAAAGCAUCAUCCAUUAUUUAGAAUAGACUCUACAUAUUGAAUAAUUGAUAAAAGAGAAGUCUGAUUAGAUAUCUUUAUGGUUAUUUGAGGUGCCAACAUUAUUUUUAUUAAUGAGUAUAGAAUUUGGUGGUUGUGUCUAGUUAUGUUACAAGUUUUUUAUACCACCUUAUGAUUAAUUUUUAGAUAAAGAAAGAUUAAAGAAAUAUUAUGUUAAUAUGACUUAAGCAUUUCAAAAAUUAAAGACUAUUAAAGAUUAAAAUGAUUUAAAAUUUCAAUUAACUUAAUUGUAAAUUAAAACAUUGCCAGAUGCAAUUGGUUGGGAUAAGAUGAUCAAUUAAGUUGGUAGAUCCAUCCAAGCAAGCAUUUUAAGUAAGGGGUACACAGAAUAGUUAUAAAAUAAAUAACUAACUGAAUUAUUAUUAGAUUUAGUUAGCGAACAUAGACAUUUGAUAUUUUUACCACUUUAAUGCUUACCUUUGCCUAAUAUUUUACAUAAUGAUGAACCCACUCUCAAAUAUUGUUUGAUUUAUGCAUACAACUAAUUUAUAAUCAAUUUAUUUAAGAAAUACACAUCAGUUGAUAAAGAAGAUAUUUUAAAUUCGAUGGCAUCAGAUGGAUAAUUUGAUUGGGUCAAAAUGUAUUUAAAUGAGGAACUUAAAAGUUAUAGUAGAGCUUUGGAUUUCAGAAUCAAAAUCAAGAAUCAAUUACAACAAUUUAAUAUCUAAGUGAAAUUUGAAAUCUUUACUUGGAUUUCCAAAAUCUUAUCAAGAGACCCUCCAAUUCCACAAAUUGACUCUUUUAGAGAUAGAAUUCUACAUCACAUUGGAUCAUUGGUUUCAUAUAGUGCUAUUCAUACUAGAUCAUUGAUUUCUAAAUAUUUUUAAGCCAAUGACAUCAGCAUUCUCAAUAAGAUGGGGGAAUUGCCUAAGUUAUAGUUAGAAUAUCUAGAAUAAAUAAUGUAAGUUGAUAGAAAAUAGUAUUAAUCUAAUACAGAUUUGUUAAAGCUUUAUAUAAAAUUACUCUGUUAAAUUAAACCUGAGAAAGUUUUAAAGGAACUACAAGAAUAAGAAUAUCCUUUAGAUGAUAUAAUUGGAGUAUUAAAAUAAUAUCCUGUUCCUGAUGCUUUGGUAUAUUUGCUUGAAAGAUCAGGGGCAAUUACGGAAGCAAUCAGCGUAAAAUUAGACGAUUUUAUUUAAAAAAUACAAUAGAAAGCAUUUUUAAGCAAAAGUGAGUUUUAUUUGUAUUUUUUGGAAAUUUGCAACAUUUGCUUUAGGAAUAAGAAACUAGAUGAAUUGGAUGAAUCCUGGGAUAUGGUGACUUAAUGCAUUUUGGAACUGUCACAAAAUAGAUAUACGCCAUAACCUUACCCAUCCUAUUUAGAGGAAUAUAUUCCAUUGUUGUUGAAGAAGUGGGCAGAAUGUAGUCAUUUAGAUGCAUUUCUUCAUAAAAUUACAACUAAAUAUAUGAGGUUAAGUUCGGCUAAACUUAAAAUGACAUUUUUAUCGAUGUAUACACAUAUCAAUUUCUCUACUACCGUUUAUACGAAAUUGGUCGAUAUCAAUUUUAUUAAAUGCGUUCAAAACAUGAGAACUUUAGUUCAUUUGUAAUUGAAAGGAUAAGGCUAUUUACCAGGUUGUUAUUUAUGUUAUAAUUAUUAUGAUUAUGAUUAAUAACUUCAGCCAAUAAUAGUAUUAGCUUGUGGUCACACCUUCCAUUUUAAUUGUCUGAACCUAGAUGAGAAGGCUCAGUAUCAUUGUCCAGUUUGUUUGAAGAGUCCAAGAAUUGCAAUUGUUCAUUUGCUUCACCAAUUAAAAUCAAAAAAGUAUUUACUUAAGUCUGAAAAUUAAUAAUAAUAAUAAAAUAUAAGGAAUUAAAAUCCUUUGGUUGUGAACAUCAUUAAGCAAGGAUAGAAGAAGCAGUAGGAAAUAGAUUAGAAUUUGAAAUUUACUCAAAAUGAAAGUGAGGAUGACAUUAAGAGAAUGAAAUAGAUGGAGAAGUUAAAAAAGUUUGAAUAGUAAAAAUUGAAUCGAUUGGAAAGAAUUUGUUAAGGAGUUAUGCCAUAUUGA